AUUAAAGUUUGCAUUUUUCAUGCCCAGUUUCUGUUGUGUUGGAUGACACAAAGAAAAAAAUGAGCGUGUCAUAUGCGGGGAAUGAGAUUCCUGCUUUUCUAUUGAAACUGUGGAGAAUGGUGGACGAGCCUUCGUGCGACGAUCUCAUCUCAUGGAGCACGGAGGGAAACAGCUUCAUUGUGUAUGACCAAGCAGAGCUGUCUAAAGAGAUCCUGCCAAAGUUCUUUAAACAUGGAAACUUUGCCAGCUUUGUCCGACAACUAAAUAUGUAUGGAUUCCGUAAGAUUAUCAGAGCAGACCAAGGGAGUUUAAAAUCAGCAGAGAAAGAAAACCUAGAAUUUUGUAAUCCAAAUUUCAAAAAGAACAAUUUCUCACUCAUUGUUAAUAUGAAACGGAAAAUUUCUACAAAUGUGAGGACAGCUGCUGCUGAAACCAAAGUAAAAUAUGAAGAUGUUGAGCGACUGUUGACUGAUGUUCAUGAAAUGAAAGGUCGCCAAAGUGAUGUCAAUCAGCAAAUUGAAACUCUUACCAAGGACAAGAAGGCAAUGCGGGAUGAACUAUCUAGCUUGAGACAAAAAAGUGAUCAACAACAGGCUGUUAUUAACAAGCUCAUUCACUUCUUGUUGCGCCUGCUCUACACAAAAACGGAAAGAAUUGGCCCUGUUGGUCGGAAACGACCACUUGCCUUGCUAGAAAGAGAAUCUCGAUUCCCGGCAUCUUCUAAAAUUGUUGCUCUACCUGACCAUUACAGUGAUGAAGUGCUAGAUGUUGGCAAUGCUACCUACACAAUCGCUUCACCUACUGACACAAAUAUCUCUGUUGUUGCUGUUCCAGACAUCAUCAAGAAGCCUAGUACCACAAUAGUGUCCCUCCCAGUUUCAGUUGUAGAUGCUAUUACAACUGGUGGAAUCGAGAUGACUCAACCUGCAGGGUAUACCAAUAGUUCUAGUUUGGCAACUGCAACUAAUGCUCUGGCAGAUCCUCAAGAUCUGGCUGUAUUGCCCCAUGAAGCCUAUUCCCAGGCUGCUCGUCCCCAAAGUAUUGAGAUACAGAGUGACCUCAUUCCUGUUGAUCCUUGGGAAACAUCCUUGUCACCAACAUCUGUAUCCAUAGCAUCCUUACUGUCUGAUGAUCCAGGUUGUCUAAUGCCACAAGUGCCAGAAUGUGAAGUGACUGACAUCUCUUCUCUAAUGGAGCAUUUGGACAGUCUGGAUGAAGGAAUUGACAGCGUGCGAAAUGUUUUUGAAACCAGUGAUGCAUUUGACUCAUCGGUUGUUACAGAUCUUUUCACUCCCAAUGCUCGAUCUCCAGCUGCCACUUUGGAUAGCAAUACACAGAUGCUGCUGGAUGCAUUAGCUGCCGGAGAAGAGCCAUCACAGAAUGCAGUUCGAAAUUUGCAGCAUAAUAUUGCCAAGGAUGGAAUGUUACUUCCUAUUAGUGAAGUGAGCACGGCAUAUCCUCAUUAUGGUGGUGUAGAAAGUCCAGUGGAAGAGAUAGACACAACACUGCCAGGAAAAGACAAUGUCAUAACCAAAGCUGUUGUUCCCAUUACUGGAGCACAGGCUACACGACAGUUCGACUGGGUUUCUAGUCAAACAAUUUCUGUGUCACCAAACAGAUAUGAAGCAGGAAUCACCUCAAAUUAUGAUCAGAAGAAUGAGACUGCUCCUGACACUGCUCAUAGAUUAUAGCAACUAUUGCUCAUAAUAGGUAUGGUUCA